AUAUCAAUUGGGUAUGAGAGAUUCGUAAUUAUAUUACCAUUGAAACAAAGACAGGUCUGCUCAAUUCUCUUUCUUCCUCUUUGCCAUCGACAAAUCGACAUCUCAUUGCCUGCAUUUGUUCGCCCUUCUAAGGCAAAUGAAGUAACGUACUCUUCCAUACGCAUGGUUCUCACAUGGAUGCUGUAGUACAAUAUAGGAUCAAUUACAAUUUUUGUUCGAGGUUUAAGAAAGAAAACGCAUGCCAUGCUUGCCUUCAGUCAUCAGAAAUCUGUACUCGGCCCCUGAAUGAUUGGCCUUUGAUAUUACUCCUAAAAGGCAUCAGUCAUAUGUUUUUCAAAAUUCAACUCGAUGGUGGCUGGGAAUAUAAGACAAUAACUGAUAGGCCUCGCCUACGCGUGAGUGACAUGGACGACCUUCGAUCCUAUCAGCAAGAAAUACACGGCAUUGAUCAGGAAAGAACAACCAAUGUAUGGAUAAUAUGACCUUGAAUAGCCAAAU